CCGAACCGCCCGCCAGCCACCCGUUCCGCGCGUCAGUCUGCGAGAGUCCGGUGGUGGGUGCGGAGCCUGCGGCCGUCCCCGCGGCCUCCUCCUCCUCCCGGUUCCCCUCACCCCUACCCGACACUCCUUUCCCCAUUCCGGCUCCGUCACCCGCCCGUCCCCUACACUCAGGACGAGAAUGCCCUGCCCGGAACAACCCAGCAGCGCCUAGAUGGCUUUGGUCACGGUCCAGCGGUCGCCUACCCCCAGCACCACCUCCAGCCCCUGUGCCUCGAGCUCUCACGUGGAAGACAGUGAAUCAGCAGCGUUACUUGGCUGUGAGUGUGAAGAAUCAGAAAUCUUUAGUGAUUCCAAUGAGGCAGACAGUGGUGAGGAGGAAUGCCGGUCACAGCCCAGGAGCAUCAGUGAAAGCUUUCUAACUGUCAAAGGUGCUGCCCUUUUUCUACCACGGGGAAAUGGCUCAUCCACACCAAGAAUCAGCCACAGACGCAACAAGCAUGCAGGCGAUCUCCAGCAGCACCUCCAAGCAAUGUUCAUAUUACUCCGACCGGAGGACAACAUCAGGCUGGCUGUAAGACUAGAAAGUACUUACCAGAAUCGAACACGCUAUAUGGUAGUGGUUUCAACUAAUGGUAGACAAGACACAGAAGAAAGCAUCGUUCUAGGAAUGGAUUUCUCCUCUAAUGACAGCACUUGUACCAUGGGCUUAGUCCUGCCUCUCUGGAGUGACACCCUGAUUCAUUUGGAUGGUGAUGGUGGGUUCAGCGUAUCAACAGAUAACAGAGUCCAUAUAUUCAAACCUGUGUCUGUGCAGGCAAUGUGGUCUGCACUACAGAGUUUACACAAGGCUUGUGAAGUGGCCAGAAUGCAUAACUACUACCCAGGCAGCCUGUUUCUCACCUGGGUGAGUUACUACGAGAGCCACAUCAACUCAGAUCAGUCGUCGGUCAACGAAUGGAACGCUAUGCAGGAUGUGCAGUCCCACCGGCCCGACUCGCCAGCUCUCUUCACCGACAUACCAACUGAACGUGAGCGAACAGAAAGACUAAUUAAAACCAAAUUAAGGGAGAUUAUGAUGCAGAAGGAUUUGGAGAAUAUCACGUCAAAAGAGAUACGAACUGAGUUGGAAAUGCAAAUGGUAUGCAACUUGCGAGAAUUCAAGGAAUUUAUAGAUAAUGAAAUGAUAGUGAUCCUUGGUCAGAUGGAUAGCCCUACGCAGAUAUUUGAGCACGUGUUCUUGGGCUCAGAAUGGAAUGCCUCGAACUUAGAGGAUUUACAGAACCGAGGGGUGCGGUAUAUCUUGAAUGUCACUCGAGAGAUAGAUAACUUCUUUCCAGGACUCUUUGAGUACCAUAACAUUCGGGUGUAUGAUGAAGAAGCAACGGAUCUCCUGGCUUACUGGAAUGACACGUACAAAUUCAUCUCUAAAGCAAAGAAACACGGAUCUAAGUGCCUUGUGCACUGCAAAAUGGGGGUGAGUCGCUCGGCCUCUACUGUGAUUGCCUACGCAAUGAAGGAAUAUGGCUGGAAUCUGGACCGAGCCUAUGACUACGUGAAGGAAAGACGAACUGUGACCAAGCCCAACCCCAGCUUCAUGAGACAACUGGAAGAGUACCAGGGGAUCUUGCUGGCAAGCAAACAGCGGCAUAACAAGCUCUGGAGAUCUCAUUCAGAUAGCGACCUCUCAGACCACCAUGAACCCAUCUGCAAACCAGGGCUAGAACUCAACAAGAAGGAGAUCACCACCUCAGCAGACCAGAUCGCCGAGGUGAAGACCAUGGAGAGUCACCCACCCAUACCUCCCGUCUUCGUGGAACAUGUUGUCCCACAAGAUGAAAAUCAGAAAGGCCUAUGUACCAAAGAAAGAGUGAUCUGCUUGGAGUUUACUUCCAGGGAAUUUCAUGCUGGACAGAUUGAAGAUGAAUUAAACCUAAAUGACAUCAAUGGAUGCACGUCAGGGUGUUGUCUCAGUGAAUCAAAAUUCCCUCUUGACAACUGCCACGCAUCCAAAGCCUUAAUCCAGCCCGGACAGGCCCCAGAAAUGGCCAACAAGUUUCCAGACUUAACAGUGGAAGAUUUGGAGACAGACGCACUGAAAGCAGACAUGACCGUCCACUUACUGCCUAUGGAAGAGUUGACAUCUCGCCUGAAAGACGUCCCCAUGUCCCCUGAUCCUGAGUCACCGAGCCCCCAGCCCAGUUGCCAGGCUGGCGUCUCAGAUUUCAGUACAGACCGCAUUGAUUUUUUUAGUGCCCUGGAGAAGUUUGUGGAGCUUUCUCAAGAAACCCGGUCACGAUCUUUUUCCCAUUCAAGGAUGGAGGAACUGGGUGGAGGAAGGAGUGAGAGCUGUCGCAUGUCAGUGACAGAAGUAGCCCCUUCCGAAGUGACAGCUGACGAUCAGAGAAGCAGCUCUUUAAGUAACACUCCGCAUGCAUCUGAAGAAUCUUCAAUAGAUGAGGAACAGUCAAAGGCAAUCUCAGAACUGGUCAGCCCAGACAUCUUCAUACAAUCUCACUCAGAAAAUGCAAUUUCAGUCAAAGAAAUCAUCACUGAGAUUGAAUCCAUCAGUCAAGGAGUUGGACAGAUUCAAUUGAAAGGAGACAUUCUGUCUAACCCAUGCCAUACACCAAAGAAGAACAGCGCCCAGGAAAUGCCCCUUGAGGGGUCCCAGGCCCUGGAGCACAGACCUGGAAAUGAGCAGAAUGAGGGUUCCUGCACAGCCCAGCCUGAACUCGCCAAAGACUCAGGGAAGUGGGACCCAGAAGGCUGCCUGACCGCACACACAUCCACCACAGACUUGGAAGAAGAGGAAGCAGCUGAGGGGGAACAAGAGCUCUGGGGCCCAGGGGUGCACCCAGGUGCCAAGUGGUGCCCUGGGUCCGUGAGGCGGGCCACCUUGGAGUUGGAGGAGCGCUUGCGGGAGCACCAUGGUGCUGCCCCUACUGGUACCUCAUUGUCCACUCGCAAGAAUUCCAAGAAGGAUUCCUCUGUGGCAGACCUAGCACCAAAAGGGAAGAGUGAUGGAGCCACCCUAGAAUAUGCAUUUGUGCCCAAGGAAGCAGAGAUGAACAAGGGCAAAGGGAAAAGCGGUGGGUCUGAGGCUGGCUCACUGCCCCACUGUGAGCAAGACACCGUCAUCCCAGCAUCUGCUCUGCUGGAGUUUCAGCCCUUGGCAGCUCCCCCGGGGUGCCCAGGGCCAGACACUAGGACAGAGCAGGAAGGAGUCCUGAAGGUGCCCAGGACAGGGGUUUCAUGCCAGGGAUCUGAAACGCAGGCAUUUCCUCUUCCCCUUCCCAAGAAGAUAGAAAUCAUUGAGUAUACCCCUACGGUUACGUCACCUGAUCACACGGGGCCAGAGGAUGAAACAGGCAGCAGUGAAAAGAGUAGGGAGCAAGGACUAAGGAAAGUGAAAGUGGAGAAGUCCAUCACUGUCCUCUGCGCACUGGAUGAAAAUCUGAACAGAACGCUGAGCCCCGACCACGUUUCUCUGCACCCCAAAGUGCUACCUCUGCCUCACUCUUCAUCUCCUGAGCACAACAGGCCCGCUCACCUGACCUCUACCGCGAGCAGCCCUGGAGACAGCGAUAGCGGCCCCUCCGCAGCCCUGGACGCAGGAGCGCCUUUUGUCAGUCACACAACUCACAUACCGUCUGCCAACUUGGAUUUCCUGCAUCCUCAGACUGUGGUCCACCUGGAAGGCGUCACAGAGCAAAGCAGCACCACAGACAGCGAGCCCUCUGCGGAGCAGUGUGGCCGGAAAGAAAAUCAGGAGGGUCCCCUCUCCAGUGGCCGUGAAGUGCCAUAUGAGGGCUCCCAGAUAAGUAGUGAAGACCUAAGUUUAACUAGCAAACUUGGUGACAACAUUGGGAAGUUACAAGAAAAACUAGACCCAUCACCGGCAGCCUGUAGCCUCCCACAUAGCUGUAGUGGUGACAGUAGAAAGGGCCUCAGCCACAGCCCCCGGGUGGUGAGAGAGUGCGCUCAAGAAAUCGAGUCCCGAGCCACGUGCCAGGGAGGGCUCCCCAAACCGUUCCACAUGCAGCGUUCAGCCUCCCUCGCCAAGUUGGGUUACUUGGACCUCUGUAAAGACUGUUUACUGGAGAGGGAGCCCAUCGCCUCCGAGUCCCCUCAUCUCAAACUGCUUCAGCCCUUCAUCAGAACGGACUCCGGCAUGCAUGCCAUGGAGGCCCACGAGCCCCCAGAAAACCCAGACGCCCCCCAGAGCCCAGAGCCCACCAAGUAUUUUAUAGAGCAACUUAAAACAACAGAGUGUAUUGCGCAGAGCAAGCCCGUGGAGAGGCCCCUCGUACAGUACGCCAAAGAGUUUGGUUACAGUCAGCAGUGUUUGCUCUCCAAGGCAGCACCUGCAUUGACUAGUUCGGAAGGAGGCCAGCCUCUGCUACAGACCCAGGGGCCGCAGUGGGCAGGCGCAGCUCCGGCGCUGGCUUGGGCUUCCCGCCGUCAGCAGCACAGCAGAACUCACCCCCUUAGGAGGCUGAAAAAAGCAAAUGACAAAAAACGGACAACCAACCCCUUCUAUAAUACCAUGUGAUUCUGAGCCUACACAUGUGACUUUCUAAAAGAAAUGUUUGUAAAAGGGGCAGGUGUAAUAUGUAAGGAACAUGCACUUUAUUGGUUAAUUUUAUAAUUUUUUGGUCAUUUUACUGUUCCUGGCGCAUGCAGGGUUUGGGUUUUUUUUUUUCUCUGUGUGUGUGAAAGAGAGAUUGAUUUGGACGGCAAGACCAUUUUAUCAUUUUUUUAUUUUUAGAAAAUUCAAACCUCAGAAAAUACUCAUUUUCAUAGAACACCUUUAUCAAAGGCAAAUUGCUGUUUUUCAGUCAACUGCCACCUGCUUCUCUCAUUUUGCCCUCUGAGAGAAAAGGUGUGCUUGCUUGCUUAAGACAGGAAAGCAGACGGGCACAGUGGGGAAUGAAGCCGGAAGUUGGAAAUGCUCCCCUGGGCCUGUGUGUGGAUGGUUUGCUCUCCAGACCUGAUGCAUUAGAUGGGCUGAAGGGCAGCAGGACUGGACGGCAGCGUGCUGUCGGCCUUGGUCCCCAACCCCGGCCCGCUGGAAUUCCUGAAGUGGACGAGUUCUGCUUUGCUUUGGGGGGAGGGGGGUACGGGUCUCCCGGAAUCCAUUUCUUGUACUCCAGAGUGGAUCAUUACAGAAAGGCCUGAUAUGAUAAUGGCCGGCGGUGUAAACUUACCAAGCAAAUAGGUUUUACCCCAAGCAAAUAAUUUUUUUUAAUUAAAUUAAAAGCAAACCCCAAACAGAAUCCGAGAGGUCCUCUGUAGAGGAAAGCGUUAAGGAGGAAGAGGUGAAGUCGGGGGUGGAGAGGCUGCCGCCCCCUGUCUUAGGGUCCUUGGGCUGCACACAGGCGGUGGUCCUGGCCCUCCCCGCCGGAACGUCCUCCCAGCUCAGAUCCAAUAGCGACAAGUUUGAAAAACAGCAAUUGAAAGUCAGUGUGUUCUUGUAAAAUGAAUACAUAGGUAGGGUUUUAACCCUUUCAUUACUUGAAUAAUUCUGUGGGUCUUUUGAGUUUAAUGGCCAUAUUUUUUUCAAUUUAUUUUCCUCCCUCAUGCUGUUUCUCCCAGUGCUGCCUGUUUUUUUUUAAAUUUCAUAGAUGAUAUUUGAAUUGUUACAUAUGUAUAACCUCCAUUGAAUGCAAAGUUUUCUUUUUGAUACUAUCACUGUUAACACUUGACAUAAGUUUUUUUUCCCCUUUUCCUGGAAGAUUUGUCAUUGCUCUAGUUUAUACACAGUAUUUAUGUACAUAAUGUCACUUUCUUACAGUGUUUUGUUGUUGAUGUCAUAGGGUCUUUUUGAUUUAUUCUUUUUAAGGAGUAAAGCUGCAACUGGAAAACACAGACACCACAGAAAUAAAACUGAUGGGUGUGGGUAGAAAUCUGCAGAGUAUAUUGACAGUGGUUGUAAUCGUUUCAAUGGAGACUUCUAAUUGCCAGCUCCUGCCAAAUUAUCCGUUGUUAGUUACUUCCUCCUCAGAAACCCCUACAGGUUCCCGUUAGAUCACAGUUUGACUGAAGGCUGAUUCCUCUCUCAGGCUGAAAUCUCUGAACGUGGUUUGCAGGGAGCUGGACCACAGCCAGGGCGUGUGUGUGAGUGAGUGCUCCUGCUGCCCAGGGUGGAAGCUCCUAAGGGAUUAGGUUUGGGAAGCCGCAUCCCAGGGCAGGCGCCUCUCAUGACUCGGGUUAGGAUGCUGUCGCUUUGCUGCUGUUGUGGAGAUCCUUACAUAGGAGCACCUGCCGUAAACAAGCCUCUUUCCGCUUCUUACCGAAAACAGAUUUCGCCUAGAAUGAGACCCCCUCUGCAGCUCAUCAGAACUGGAGAGGUUUGCAGACUUGCUUCCCGUUUGCUUUGGUUGACGUCCCCGUUGCUAAGAGAUUGACCGAGUACAGACUUGAGAUUUAGGUUUUUGGUUCAUCACAGCCCUGAAAGGAAGAGAGAGGUUCACAGACUGUCAAGGUGAUGUCAGAGGCCAGUGUUUGGUGGGGGCAGGUAGUAGCAGGGUGACCCAAAGGGGAGAGAGAAGGGGGCUGAGGCCACUCAGAGCUGCUCGGGGAGCUGUGAAUCUAGUCGCCGUGUGGAAGCCAUGGUUGGGUCUGAUGUCACUGUCAGAAGGCAGAUUGGACAGAAACCUCCAGCUCUAAGUGUCUUUUUGGUGUAGUGAUUCUAUGUACCUGUGCUGUCCCUAAAUAGUUUCCUUAAAUGUUCAAAUGUAUCGUCCACACAGCUUUGUGAUUCCAGGACGUUUAAUGUGUUCUAAAGUGUUUUGUUAGGUGGCAUGUCCCAGUGUGAGGAGGCUUGCAAGACAGGGCUAUGACUCUCCAGGGUUCAUCCACCGAAACUGGCCUAUCUUGUGGAGGCAAUUGCACCACCAUUAUGCGAGGGAAAGGACAGGGAAUUGUGGCACGGGUGGGGACAGGAGGAUUUGCAUGGAGGUUAAGAGAGUGGUGUCCCUUGAGACGGUGACAUCCCUCACAGUGAGAAGUACAAGCAGGAUAGUCAAGACUGUACUGUUCUCUCUUCUCCCCUGCUGCUUCGUCCAGUGCUCAGUGCGUUAAAUAACAAAGGUGGGUUGGAAACCUGCUAAUGCUGUGAAAAACAAAAACUUUGUAAAAAAUAGAGGAAAUGUUCUUGCUCUGCCUUUUUUUCUAAUUUAUUUUUUUAAAUUUGUUUUUUUAACAUUUAAUUUACCCGCCUAAAUAAACAGCCUCUACCAGGUCUGUAAUUCAGUCUUGCCAUGGGGUUUUGCCAGCUCUCUCAAACUCCCACAACUGGGUGUUCUUGUGUUCAUUUACGUAGCUGAGCGAUGUCCAGGGGAAGAAUAUGAUGAGUUGUCAAGGACUUUUCCGACUUCUCUUCAAACUUUUUUAUAAUCUCGGGUGGCCCAUUUCCCUUUUCUAGUCAUGGACAACCCAGCCCUGGAACAGCAGUUCUGGUAGAUUGAGAGAUGAGUAGGAAAAGUCUUGACAUCUUGCUCAGUGCCUCUCUUUAUCUUUAUUUUGAAAACCACCGUAGUCUUGACUCUCACUUUCUCUGAGGGGCGGGGAGAGAGAGAGAGACCAUUUUGGUGCAGGGGGUAAAAGCCCCAGGAGCACAGGUUUUGAGCUGCAGUCUGGGUGGUUACCUGGUCAGUAGGAAGGAGAGAAAGCCCAACCCUUUCGUGACUUUAGAAACACUUAGGAGUAGUGUAUAGUAUACGUAGUGGACGUAUAGUACUGUAGUAUAGUAAUAUCUCUCCUCGUUUUGGUUGCCUUUCAGAUUCUGAAUGUGUGGGAUCAUUGCUAGCAUCUCAGCCUCUUCCGGCUCUUUUAUCUCGCAUUAUCCUGGUUCCUUACCUUUAUCCCAACUCUAUUUCCUCUUUCUCCUUUGGGAAUUACCAAGAGCUCCAAAGACAGCCUGAGGAUGACAACCCAGGCUCUGAGGGCCCCUCCUGCUAAAGGGCCCCAGACAGAUGCUGUUGGAUACACCUGACGCUUCUAAGCCGUGGCAGCUCACAGAAAUCACCCGUUCCAUCUGAGGGUUUUAGUUCUGAAGUGAUCUAGGCAUGUUUGGUAAAGAUGUUUUUGUGGGAGUUGUUUUCUUUAAGAAGCAUUAUGCAAAAAGGGUCACUUUUAAGGGCAUUUUAAAAUUUUUAAACAAAGCCAAUCUUUGGCUUUUUUGAACAACUAUUUGUGGAUACUUUGUUUACAUUGUGUAUUAAAACAUGCAUCGUCUUGAUGGCAGCUCAGUCUCCUCCUUCAGGCACCCAGACCUGACUGUCCUGGGGGUCCUCCCACAGCGAGGCUGUGGCGUCAGCUCUCCUGAGUAGGCGGGGAAAGCCUGGAGCUGACUUCCAUCCGUGUCCUGCACUCCCAUCCGACACUCUGUGGAAAUAGUUGUCAUUUCUUCAGUGAUUGUGUGUCUUACAGUGAUGGUUGUAAUGGUGAAUGGCUAGUGUCGUUGCUUUGCUUUUUGAUGGUCGAUGAGGUGACAUGUUAGCUCUUUCAGCACCAAUCCAACUUAACAGGAUCUUGGACUUCGUUUUCCCUUGCAAACUAAAAGAACAAGGCAUGUAUUAGGCAUAAAUGUAUGUGCUUCCCGACCCCCGUAGUAGGGGAAAGCCUGCCACCAAAGCAGGAAGCCGCACACUCGUAACCCUCCUCCCAGGGCUUGAGGUUCCUGAUGCCACAGAGAGUUACUGCGAGGUGCUUUUGUAUUUUUCCAGCCUGGAAGUGGAGGGUGACGAGGCCUGGCUCCUGCUAUGAAAAGAGAACCAGCCUCGUUUUCUCGGUGCCCCAGAGAUCUAGGACAGGAUUUCUAAACUGGAAUUAUCCCUCGUGGGCUGGAAGAUGCCCCAAGGGGUGUAUGACUCGUGCUGCCAUCUGUGUCCUCAUCUCGACCCUGGUGGCGGCGUCCUGUAUGCACAUGCAGAGCUCAGGCCCAGGGCUUAACUCAAGCUGAUGACCCAGUCUGAAAAUUGGGUAACUGGCCCUGAAAGGUUUCCUAAUUGAUCAGCCCACAAAGAAUGGUUUGGUCUUUGUGUUUCAUUGGAUUUUGGUUUGCUCGGUAUAGCUUAAGGUGCCUUUUUAUUUUUUCUUUCUACAUUAUUUUGUAGGACUUGUUCUAAAUGUGGAAAACAAGUCCAAAAGACUCUCCCAUUGACUGUUACCUUUACCCCAGGCCACCCCAAACUUUUAUUCUCACAUUUUAUUAAAGCAGGUGCUCCCUGGAAUCUCUGGGACCUUUUUGAGGCAUUUGAAGCAGAAUAUAAAGAGUGGUCUCAUCCCCUUCCUUAAUCUUCCUGGUGGUUGGGAUGUUCCACUUGUAUCAUAGAUUUUUUUUAUUACUGAUGUGCUCCGCUGUUUUUAAUGUGAACUUGUGCGCAAACGUGCAGAUUCAAUGUUCUUGUUACAGACUGAAUAAAUUUUUAUUUUGAAGAUGAAA